GGGUUAGGGAGCUAGGUUUCUUCGAGCGCGCAAGGGCGGUGCGAGUGGAUCUUUUUCAUCGCUCCUCCUCCUGGAUAGAUCGAUCUCUGGAGUAGCGGCAGCACAGCGCGCAGCUCGGCUCCCGCCAUGGCGCCGCGGCCCGACGACGAGUACGAUUACCUCUUCAAGGUCGUGCUCAUUGGCGACUCGGGCGUCGGGAAAUCCAACUUGCUCUCCAGAUUCACGCGCAACGAGUUCUGCCUCGAGUCCAAAUCCACAAUCGGGGUCGAAUUCGCGACGCGCACGAUCCAGGUGGAUGGCAAGACGAUCAAAGCCCAAAUCUGGGACACGGCCGGGCAAGAGCGCUACCGCGCCAUCACCAGCGCCUACUACCGGGGCGCGGUGGGGGCGCUGCUCGUCUACGACAUCACCAAGCAGGCCACGUACGAGAACGUCGAGCGGUGGCUCAAGGAGCUGCGCGACCACGCCGACUCCAACAUCGUGAUCAUGCUGGUGGGCAACAAGUCGGAUCUAAAGCACCUCCGCGGCGUCGCCACCGACGACGCGCAGCGCUUCUCCGAGAAGGAGGGCCUGUCCUUCAUCGAGACGUCGGCGCUGGAGGCCACCAACGUGGAGAAGGCGUUCCAGAGCAUCCUCACGGAGAUCUACCGGAUAGUGAGCAAGAAGGCGCUGGCGUCCGAGGAUCCCGUGCUCGUCGGGCCUGGAGAGGGCAAGGCGAUCAUCGUCGGGCCCGAGCAGGACGCGAACACCAAGAAGAAGGCGUGCUGCUCGACGUAGAGUGGCGAGAUCCAUCGUCGCCCAUCGUCAGGUUCUCCAGUUCCACCAUUCCAUCCAUCGCAGGGGAUCGGUGGAUCGAUUGAUCGUCGCUGGCGGGAAGAACGAAACGAAGGACUGGAUUCUUUUUUUUUUUUUUGAGGUUUUACUGGAAGCGUAGAGUCGAUGUAAACAAUCUUUAAGUAGUGUGUGGUUCUUUUGCCUUUUAAAUGAUUUUAUAGGCCUUUUAAAAUUUUA